AUGGGUGAAUUGGAUAGUUUAGCGUACAUCUUGACGGCCGAAUUUGAUAAGAGCAAGGGUAUUGUUAUUACGAACCAGCACCCCUGUGAAGAUGAUUCAUGGCUCCUAUCUUCACAGUUGCAAGACAUUUCAAAUGUACUGAUGCCGUCUCAACUUCAGCAUUCAAUGAACAGAGAAAGUAUCACUGUCUUUCCUAUUUACAGCACAUACAGUGAUGUUGAAUUUGAAAAUGCCAUUUUAUCAUAUGAUCCUAAACCCCAUAGUUUACCAAGCGUGAUUUUGUCAAUAAGUUACUUCAAAUCGGACGACUCUUAUAGAAAUGGGACAGCCAAUUGCCUGUCUAUUGUGACUUCGUUGUCAUUUUGGUAUGCAUAUAAGAAUUUACUGAUUGUUCUACUACAUCUUUAUAUGAAAGAUAAUGACUUCUCUCAAUUGUCGGCUGUUUUUCAAACUUUAAACGAGAUUCCGUUGAGACAGUUGGAUUUAUAUUUUCAGAAUAUACCAACCAUUCAAAAAGAUCUGUUAAAGACACUAAUAGAGAGGCAAGAACUUAACAAUGAGUCUGAAGAAGAAUCUUUCCUAGCUAAAAUUUUAAACCCCAACAUUCUGGAUGAGGAUGAAACUGAAAUCAUUAGGGGUAUGCUAAUGUUCAAAGACUACUUAGAAUUCUCUCCACAGUCAAAAUGUUUCAAAGCAAACGUUCUAAUUCCAUCUGUUGGUACUCAUUUUCCAAUUCAAAUUCCUUUACUAUCAUUAUUAUCUUCAAGAUUCACAUUUUUUGGGUUAAAUUUGGAACAGGAAUCAAUAAUAAGAACUUUUCUUUUAGACUCAAAAUCUCUUAAAAUUCAAUUCUACCAGGACAAUAAAGCAUUCAUUACAAACAAGGAAAAAGACUCAAUAGACAAUACGGCCUUUAAAUCUGUUCUCCCUUAUGGUGUCCACAAUACUCCAUUUAUAAUUGCUUUGAUCAACGCCCUCUUGCAGCGCAAGAGAAUAAUCGUUUACUCCUAUAGCAGGUCAUGCAAUGAGCUGUUGGAGUUCAUCAUGGCAUACUUUAUUAUAGUGGAGAAUUUCAUGUCCACGGAUUCACCUUGCACAACUGAUCAUCUCUACCCUUACGUUGACCUUUCACAACUAGAGAUACUUGAAAAAAUGCCAUUCUAUGUGGCAGGAACAGCCAAUAUUAUCUUUCAGUCGAAACCCAUUUGGGAUUUAUUCAUCAAUUUGGAUGACAAAUCAAUUCUUUUGAAUUUCGACUCUUUUACCAGCAACAGUCAAGUUCUUUCAAGACGAAGCAACAGUCAUAAAAAGUUUUUGAAUCUUAAGACAAAUCCUAAUAAUUUUUUCAGAAGGCAAACCAGCAAUAUUAGCAACUCCUCUUCAAGUCCAUUUAGAACCAGGCAUAGUAGUCAAACCAGUGGAAACUCGACGCCUUCUCCCUCAGUUUCUUCAGUCAAAAAAAGACCGGAUGCCGACUCCUUAUACGAAAUAUAUGCCAACUCUUCCCAACAAUUUGAAGAAAAUUACAAGUUUCUACUUCCCACUUUCAAAAAUAAUGAUGCUCUAUUCUCUUCUUCUAUUGCAGAAACUCAGUUUGAUUUCAAUAAGCAUACAAGUGUUGGUAGUAGUUCAAGUUUUAUUGCCUUUGGGUUUCAAUACGAAGACACCUCAUUGGACGAAAUUUCAUUGUUUGACUCAAGCCUGUCGCAAAUAGACAGCUCGCUUUUAAAGUCAAUUGAGGAUUUACUGAAAAAUAAUGAAAGAGACAGCGUUAUUUGUGAUACCAUUUUCAAGUAUUUAGAUCACCUAAUCAAUCGAUGUUUUAAAUCCCAUGAAAUGAUAUCCAAUAGCAAGAAAGUUAGAGAGUUCACCGAUUACAUUCAAUUGAAAUUGGAUGACAGUGGAGAAUCUUCCUUCAACAAUAAAAAUUUGGUAAUCUCCGAAAUUAAUAAGUACAUGCAACGAAACAAGAUUGUACAGCCAUUUGUAUUGGGGGUAGACUAUGGCAACCAGUUCUUUAGUGUAACCUACCCAUUGGACACUAAUUCAUUCAACAAAUCAAAUCUCCUUUCAUAUUACAGUUCUUUGAAUAAGGGUUCAUCCAGAAAUUUGUUUUUGUAUGAAGAUUAUUUGAAGGCUAAUUCAAUGGAUGGUAUAAUUAAGACAAAGUUGUCAAACUAUCUCGUUGGCGUGAAGGAACAGACUUAUCUCUUCGAUAUUGAGUAUAUCCUACAAAACUGUUUUUUUGUUGCCAAUGAAAAGUUCAAAGACGUUCAUUCACUAUCCUUUAUGAAGGGUCAGAAGCAACUAUACCAGAUCUACAAAAUGUUAAACGGGUACAUAAACUCAGUCGAUAGCUUUGAUCCCUUAUUGUAUCACUGUUUGAAAACGGAUAAGAUCUUGGACUUGAACAAACAGAAGAAUGACAAAUACGUGUUUGACACACUGGAAAGUACCCUUAUGAUAGUACUGUUUUUGGUUCCAGAGGAGUCCAACAUCACAGGAGGUCAGGAUGAAAUACAGUACCCCCUACAAGAAGAAUUUGAGAAUUAUUUGAAAAUUUUGUUUGAUAAGAGGACGUUUUUCACCGAGUGGUUUAUCAACCAUUCUAAUGGAUUCAUAAAAAGUGGACUACGAGACUACUUUCAUUUUCAUUAUGAGUGA